AUGUUCCAGUAUUUGUUCGAAGAUAUUGGAGGACAGUCCAUACGACCAGGUAAUUAAAAAGCUAAACUUGCUAGCUAGCUAGCCAGCUCCAGGCAUUAAUUCAAUUUAGCUAGCAGUAGCAAGCUAAUGUUGAUAGCAUGCUUGCAAAAUCAUCUUUGACAUUUUCUGAAUCAUUGCCUCUUCGUUAUCGUCUUACCAUUGCCAGAGAUGCUCUGCCAUUGCUUGCUAGCUAUCUGUUGUUUUGCUAGCACAUUGUUAGCUAGCUAGCUAGUAUUGGUUGCUAGAAAAAAACUACUUGUUAACUAGCUAGCUAGCCCAGCUAUCAUAUCUGGCAAGUUUAGACCUUAGUUAUAAUAAUAAUAUGCCAUUUCGCAGACGCUUUUAUCCAAAGCGACUUACAGUCAUGCGUGCAUACAUUUUUGUGUAUGGGUGGUCCCGGGGAUCGAACCCACUACCUUGGCGUUACAAGCGCCGUGCUCUACCAGCUGAGCUACAGAGGACCACUGCUGUUGUUCCCCCUGCUGUCAGUUUCAUCUCAAUUUUAAUUAAUCUUAGCUACUCUUAGCUCCCUUUUUCUUGACAUUUUAUUUCUAUAAUGUAUGUAUCAAAUCUGUAUUCACCUCUGCUCUCAUAAUUUCACUCACUGCUGUCUUAAAAGGAACCUGACUCCUCAUCAUAUAUCUCUGAGGUAACCUCUAACUGCUGUGCUCCUUUUUUUUCUGUCUCUCGACAUGCUGAUUCUAAUCUGGCAUGUUGAAAAACCAAUAGAAUGGAUAGCUAAAUGAAUGAAAUAUCUGUAGUACAUCUGUACUGGAGUUCCCUACCUUGUAACAUCAAAGUAAACAUAAUCUUCACACUGUAAAAUAAAAUCUGACUCACAGUAAAUAUUCCUUCUAAUCACAUAGCUAGCUGUUUCUUCUUUGACAAGCUGCAUGGAGUCUGAAGACCCGUGCUCUGACAGAGAUGGUGUACGUUGAUGAGGUGGAGGUGGACCAGGAGGGGAUCGCUGAGAUGUUGCUGGAUGAAAGCUCCAUCGCUCAGGUUGCUCGUAAGUCUAAACUCUGAACUGUCCCAGAGGGCCAAUCGUUUUUCCUGGUCAGGCUAAAUGGUCAGGAAAAACUCCUGACCAUACCCACAGAACAGCCUACUGAGCCUACCAGAUCAGUAAAUCUCAAAGUCUGUCUCAAUCACAAUAAUAUAUUACCAUUCUGAUCUGGUAAAAUCUGUCCAAUAUGUUCUCAGCUCUUUGAGUGAACAGUAAUGAAGCUUUCUUUCAGGCCCUGGGACAUCACUGAGGCUUACUGAAACAAGCCAUGGAGGUGGACCUACUCCAGCCAUCAGGUAUGUGACAUUUUAGAAUUCACAGCUAUCUUGUAUGUGUUAGGUAAGUAUCCCAAGGCAUUUCCCCUACUGACAUUGUGUAAUUACUGUAACAAUGUUUAUGACAUUGAGUCGUGGGGAGCAUUAUGUACCUUGAAAAGCAUCAGAUUAGUUCUGAAUCUGAACUGAGCUUUUUUGUCCUGAAUCAGGACGUCCUAUCACAGGGUUUGUGAGGCCCAGUACUCAGUCUGGCAGACCAGGGACGAUGGAACAAGCCAUCAGGACCCCUCGCACGGCACACACUGCCCGUCCUGUUACUAGUGCGUCUGGGAGAUUUGUCCGGCUGGGAACAGCCUCCAUGUUGACCAAUCCUGAGGGGCCAUUUAUAAACUUAUCCAGACUCAAUUUAGCUAAAUAUGCCCAGAAGCCCAAUUUAUCCAAGGUAAGAGUAUUUUAAUGAAUGUAAGGCAAUGAACAUGGUCUCUCCAAAAAUAUUUUUGUCAUUGUACUUGUAUUUAUUUGGGUUAUUCGAGUUCAAUACAUGUUAUGACCAUUCCUUUUCUUUUUUAUCUUCCAUCAUGAAAAUGAUGUAAAAAAUGUGAGUUACCAAUACAGAUACACACUGAGUAUACAAAACAUUAGGAACACCUGCUCUUUCCAUGACAAAUCAAAUCAAAUUUUAGUUGCCACAUGCGCCAAAUACAACAGGUGUAGACCUUACUGUGAAAUGCUUACUUACAAGCCCUUAACCAAUAAUGGAGUUUUAAGAAAGAAAAAAAAGUGUUAAGUAAAAAAUAGAUAAGUAAAAAAAAAAAAAAAAAGCAAAUAAUUAAAGAGCAGCAAAUAGUCCGGGUAGCCAUGAUUAGCUGUUCAGGAGUCUUAUGGCUUGGGGGUAAAAGCUGUUAAGAAGCCUUUUGGACCUAGACUUGGCGCUCCGGUACCGCUUGCCGUGCGGUAGCAGAGAGAACAGUCUAUGACUAGGGUGGCUGGAGUCUUUGACCAUUUUUAGGGCUUUCCUCUGACACUGCCUGGUAUAGAGGUCCUGGAUGGCAGGAAGCUUGGCCCCAGUGAGGUACUGGGCCGUACGCACUACCCUCUGUAGUGCCUUGCGGUCGGAGGCAGAGCAGUUGCCAUACCAAGCGGUGAUGCAACCAGUUAGGAUGCUCUUGAACUUUUUGAGGAUCUGAGGACCCAUGCCAAAUCUUUUCAGUCUCCUGAGGGGGAAUAGGCUUUCUCGUGUCUUCUUCACGACUGUCUUGGUGUGUUUGGACCAUGAUAGUUUGUUGGUGAUGUGGACACCAAGGAACUUGAAGCUCUCAACCUGUUCCACUACAGCCCCGUCGAUGAGAAUGGGGGCGUGCUCAGUCCUCUUUUUUUUCCUGUAAAAUCUCAAAAUCAAGACAAAAUCUCCUUUGUCUUGAUCACGUUGAGGGAGAGGUUGUUAUCCUGGCACCACACGGCCAGGUCUCUGACCUCCUCCCUAUAGGCUGUCUCAUCGUUGUCGGUGAUCAGGCCUACCACUGUUGUGUCGUCGGCAAACUUAAUGAUGGUGUUGUAGUCGUGCCUGGCCAUGCAGUCAUGGGUGAACAGGGAGUACCCCUGAGGGGCCCCUGUGUUGAGGAUCAGCGUGGCAGAUGUGUUGUUACCUACCCUUACCACCUGGGGGCGGCCCAUCAGGAAGUCCAGGAUCCAGUUGCAGAGGGAGGUGUUUAGUCCCAGGAUCCUUAGCUUAGUGAUGAGCUUUUAGGGCACUAUGGUGUUGAACGCUGAGCUGUAGUCAAUGAAGAGCAUUCUCACGUAGGUGUUCCUCUUGUCCAGGUGGGAAAGGGCAGUGUGGAGUGCAAUAGAGAUUGCAUCAUCUGUGGAUCUGUUGGGGCGGUAUGCAAAUUGGAGUGGGUCUAGGGUUUCUGGGAUAAUGGUGUUGAUGUGAGCCAUGACCAGCCUUUCAAAGCACUUCAUGGCAACAGACGUGAGUGCUACGGGUCGGUAGUCAUUUAGGCAGGUUCUUAGUGUUCUUGGGCACAGGGACUAUGGUGGUCUGCUUGAAACAUGUUGGUAUUACAGACUCAGUCAGGGACAUGUUGAAAAUGUCAGUGAAGACACUUGCCAGUUGGUCAGAGCAUGCUCGGAGUACAGAUCCGUCUGGCCCAGCGGCCUUGUGAAUGUUGACCUGCUUAAAAGUCUUACUCACAUCGGCUACGGAGAGCGUGAUCACAUAGUCAUCCGGAAUAGCUGAUGCUCUCAUGCAUGCUUCAGCGAGCAUAGAAGUGAUUUAGCUCGUCUGGUAGGCUUGUGUCACUGGGCAGCUCACGGCUGUGCUGCCCUUUGUAGUCUGUAAUAGUUUUCAAGCCCUACCACAUCCGAUGAGCGUCUGAGCCGGUGUAGUACGAUUCAGUCUUAGUCCUGUAUUGACUCUUUGCCUGUUUGAUGGUUUGUCGGAGGGCAUAGCAGGAUUUCUUAUAAGCGUCCGGGUUAGAGUCCCGCUCCUUGAAAGCGGCAGCUCUACCCUUUAGCUCAGUGCGGAUGUUGCCUGUAAUCCAUGGCUUCUGGUUGGGGUAUGCAUGUACAGUCACUGUGGGGACGACGUCAUCGAUGCACUUAUUGAUGAAGCCAGUGACUGAUGUGGUGUACUCCUCAAUGCUAUCGGAAGAAUCCCGGAACAUAUUCCAGUCUGUGCUAGCAAAACAGUCCUGUAGCUUAGCAUCUGCGUCAUCUGACCACUUCCUUAUUAACCGAGUCACUGGUGCUUCCUGCUUUAGUUUUUGUUUAUAAGCAGGAAUCAGGAGGAUAAAGUUAUGGUCAGAUUUGCCAAAUGGAGGGUGAGGGAGAGCUUUGUACGCGUCUCUGUGUGUGGAGUAAAGGUGGUCUAGAGUUUUUGUUUUUUUCCUCUGGUUGUACAUUUAACAUGCUGGUAGAAAUGAGGUAGAACGGAUUUCAGUUUCCCUGCAUUAAAGUCCCCGGCCACUAGGAGUGCUGCCUCUGGAUGAGCAUUUUCCUGUUUACUUAUGGCCUUAUACAGCUCAUUGAGUGCAAUCUUAGUGCCAGCAUCGGUUUGUGGUGGUAAAUAGACAGCUACAAAAAUAAUAGAUGAAAACUCUGGUAAAUAGUGUGGUCUACAGCUUAUCAUGAGAUACUCUACCUCAGGCGAGCAAAACCUUGAGACUUCGUUAGUAUUAGAUUUUAUGCACCAGCUGUUGUUUACAAAUAGUCAGCCGUUCUAUCCUGUCGAUGUAGUGUAUAUCCCACCAGCUGUAUGUUAUCCAUGUCGUCGUUCAGCCACGACUCGGUGAAACAUAAGAUAUUACAGUUUUUAAUGUCCCGUUGGUAGGAUAACCUUAAUCUUAGGUCGUCCAAUUUAUUUUCAAAUGAUUGAACAUUGGCUAAUAGGAUUGAUAGAAGAGGCAGUUUACUCGCUCGCCGUCGGAUCCUUACAAGGCACUCCGACCAACGUCCACGAUAUCUCAGUUUCUUUCUCAUGCGAAUGACUGGGAUUUGGGUCUUGUCGGGUGUCUGUAGACAUAGACUGACCAGGUGAAUCAAGGUAAAAGCUAUGAUCCCCUAUUGAUAUCACUUGUUAAAUCCACUUCAAUCAGUGUAGAUGAAGGGGAGGAGACAGGUUAAAUAAGCAUUUUUAAGCCUCGAGACAGUUGAGACAUGAAUUGUGUAUUUGUGCCAUUCAGAGGGUGAAUAGGCAAGACAAAAUAUUUAAGUGUCUUUGAACGGGGUAUGUUAGUAGGUGCCAGGUGCACCGGUUUGAGUGUGUCAAAAACUGCAACUCUACUGAGUUUUUCACACUCAACAGUUUCCAGUGUGUAUCAAGAAUGGUCCACCACCCAAAGGACAUCCAGCCAAUUUGACACAAAUGUGGGAAGUAUUGGAGUCAAAAUGGGCCAGCAUCCCUGUGAAACGCUUUCGACACCUUGUAGAGUCCAUGUCCCGAAGAAUUGAGGCUGUUCUGAGGGCAAAGUAAUAUUGUAACUCAAUAUUAGUGUAUAUCUUUGGCUUUCCAUGUUGUUAUUGUUCGUAAGUUUCACUCUAAAGUCAUUUGUACCUUUUUUUUGUUUGUGUACAGGCUUUAGACCUGGCUGCUCUGGCCGCUGAGAAUGCUCAGUUCAAAGACUGGUGGUGGAAAGUCCAGCUGGGGAAAUGCUACUACAGGUAAAGCUUUAGCUAAUUACUUAGAUCUCAUAAAACGGUUAUUAUACAAUGCAUACUAUACGACCACUACAGUUUUACUACAUUGCGACUGUUUUUAUUGACAGACUUGGUUUACACCGGGAAUCAGAAAAACAGUUCCGAUUUGCUCUCAAUCAUCAGGAGGUGGUGGACACAUACCUCUAUCUAGCCAAGGUAACAUACAACCUACACUGUCCCUAACACAUUUUUAACACUGUAAAUACUGUGUAACUACAAGUGGAAAACCACUGUGUAUACAGUAUGGAUUAACCAUGACACAAGGCUUCUCCAUAGCAGAUAGCACGUGGUGCGUCACUCAACGAUGAGUUGUUUCUAUAAGUCCAAAUAGGUUUAUGGUUUUUACAUCGAUCUACUACCCUAUAUUUGUUACAAAUUACAUAAAAAUACUUAUUGUUCUGUUUUGCCACUAAAACAGGUGUAUCAGCGGCUUGAUCAGCCUAUAACUGCACUAACCCUCUUCAAGCAAGGUCUGGACCACUUCCCUGGGGAGGUCACUCUCUUAACAGGAAUUGCUCGCACGAGGUACGUGACAUGAUUCCUUUUUUGCUGUUUGUUUGUAAAGCGUUCUCUUGCUUAAAGAAAGCAUAGGUUGAAAUCGGCAUGUCAAAUGUGUAAUCUGAAAUGAGCAGCUGAUUGCCUUGGAAUUUAGAGCCUAAUUGUUUUGCAUCUCUAGUAGCUAUUGAAUAACUCUACUGUCAAUUGAGAGAAUAGAUGCAGGUUGAUCAGGAGGUCCAAAAUCUGUCUUUAAUAAUAUUUGUUAUCUGCGUCUCUCACAGGAGAUGAACAACAUCACCUCAGCCACAGAGUACUACAAAGACGUCCUGAAGCAGGACAACACUCAUGUUGAGGCUAUCGCCUGCAUAGGCAGCAAUCCCUUCUACACGGACCAGCCUGAGAUUGCCCUGCGCUUCUACAGGUUAGUCACACACACACCACUCCCUUUAAUUCCCUCAUCUUGAAUGAAGUUGAAGGAUGGGACUAAUAACAACUAACAACAACUAAUAACAACAAGAUAACUCAUGUAAAGCAUACUGUGUCCAUAAUAAGUAUAUAGGUUAUAGGUUGAGAGCUUUUGUGAAAGAGCACAGUUAGAAAGAUAUGGCAUAUAGAAGCAAACCGGAUGGACAUCAUGAAAAAUUAUUGGAGAGGUUGAGGGUAGAGGAAGUUCAGGAGUAAAAACUAACAAAAUAGAAUUAUUGUAAAAUUCACUGUGUCCAUAAAAUGUAUAUAGUAUGUAUAAGCUGGAAGUAGAGGCCUAAGCAUAGUUGUUCACUAGUUUACUCCAAUUAGGGAAGGGGUGGUGGGGUUGGAAAGUAAUAAAGGGAAAUAUAUUUUUUUAAACGAUAUGUAUAUGUGUAUGUAUGUGUGUAUGUAUGUGUGUAUAUAUAUAUAUAUAUAUAUAUAUAUAAAAUGUACUAUACAGUGGGGAGAACAAGUAUUUGAUACACUGCCGAUUUUGCAGGUUUUCCUACUUACAAAGCAUGUAGAGGUCUGUAAUUUUUAUCAUAGGUACACUUCAACUGUGAGAGACGGAAUCUAAAACAAAAAUCCAGAAAAUCACAUUGUAUGAUUUUAAAGUAAUUCAUUUGCAUUUUAUUGCAUGACAUAAGUAUUUGAUCACCUACCAACCAGUAAGAAUUCCGGCUCUCACAGACAUGUUAGUUUUUCUUUAAGAAGCCCUCCUGUUCUCCACUCAUUACCUGUAUUAACUGCACCUGUUUGAACUCGUUACCUGUAUAAAAGACACCUGUCCACACACUCAAUCAAACAGACUCCAACCUCUCCACAAUGGCCAAGACCAGAGAGCUGUGUAAGGACAUCAGGGAUAAAAUUGUAGACCUGCACAAGGCUGGGAUGGGCUACAGGACAAUAGGCAAGCAGCUUGGUGAGAAGGCAACAACUGUUGGCACAAUUAUUAGAAAAUUGAAGAAGUUCAAGAUGACGGUCAAUCACCCUCGGUCUGGGGCUCCAUGCAAGAUCUCAUCAAUGAUCAUGAGGAAGGUGAAAAAUUACAGACCUCUACAUGCUUUGUAAGUAGGAAAACCUGCAAAAUCGGCAGUGUAUCAAAUACUUGUUCUCCCCACUGUAUAUAUAUUUGCGAGAGAAAAAAAACAUAUGGGGGAUUGGAAGUGAUGCAGACAAUUACAUUGAUGGAACUUACAAUCUAUCUGUUAUAUUAAAGCUGAUCUACCACCUAAAAAAUAAAAAUAAAUAUAUAAACUAAUCUUACUCUGAUUAUUAUGGCUAUGCCUUUACGAUAUUAAAUAAUGUUUAUCAUGUCAUUGGAUACACAUGCCUUGCAUCGUUGCAUUGAUUUUACAGUUGUCUUUUCACUCUAACCUUCCCUUCCUGUAGACGGCUGCUGCAGAUGGGAGUAUAUCAUUGCCAGCUGUACAACAACCUUGGACUGUGCUGUUUCUAUGCCCAGCAGUAUGACAUGACCCUCUCCUCCUUCGAGAAGGCUCUGGCCCUGGUGGCCAACGAUGAGGAGCAGGCUGACGUCUGGUACAACAUUGGACACGUAGCCGUGGUGGGUUAGCGUUAGCUUAGCACACACAGAUGUUAUUGUUACUGCAUGAACUUACUCUACAGCACCCUCUUCUGUAUGCCAACUGGUUUCUCUUGGACAGGAUCCAAACUCUGGCUGCGUGCUUUGAACAUAUAGCAUGCUAUCACUUCUUCACAUUUCUGUUUAUGCUACGUGCAUCUUAUGUUUCUCCCCACAGGGAAUAGGAGACCUGACUCUAGCAUACCAGUGUUUUAAACUGGCCUUGGCCUUCAACAACGACCAUGCUGAGGCCUAUAAUAACCUGGCUGUGUUGGAGCUACGCAAGGGACACAUUGAGCAGGUGAAUGAACUGGGGUUUCUAGAUCUUCAAAUAUAUCAUAUUGAUUAAAUGUUUGUUUUGGUUAGAGAAUUGAGAGAGUAAAACUGUUAUAAAUUACAGACUUUCUUUCCAACUGGUGGAAGCUUCUUCCAGGCUUGCUCUUCUAAGGCAUUAUACCCAGUGGUUAUUUUCCAUAUGGUACAACACAUUAUGUAAAAAGUAUUUAGGAGCAUCUACAGUAGUGGACUGCUUCUGAUGUUUUGGUCAGAAUGGUUGUUUUGUUUUGAUUUCCUAAUUUCUUCACAGUCCAAAGCUUUCCUCCAGACCGCUGCGUCACUCGCCCCUCACAUGUAUGAACCGCACUUUAACUACUCCACUCUGUCAGACAAGGUAAUGAGACACUUCAUCAGCACUUUUACUUUAAUCUAUUUAACUAUUGACAUGUAGCCUGCACAUUCAUAGCACUGUUUUAAAUUAAAAGGACAGUGGUUAUGCCUGGUAUAAAAUACUGUUUUUAGUUAUGAGUGAUCAUAUGAAUUGAUGUGCUGUUGUCUUCUGCUGUGUCCAGACUGGAGAUCUGCAGAGUAGCUAUACAGCUGCCCAGAGGUCGGAGGAUGCCUUCCCUGAGCAUGUAGAUACCCAGGAGAUCCUGAAACACCUGCGCCAGCACUUUGCUGUGCUGUGA